CUGGGGCAGGCGGCGGCGGCGGAGGAUGGAGUCGGGCAGGGAGCUCCGCGCGGGGGACGAGCCCGAGCCGGCGGCGUCCUUCCAGGCCCGGCUCUGGAGGAACCUGCAGCUGGGGGGCAAGGGCCGCGGCGGCAAGGCGGGCGCGGAGCGGCGCAGCGCGGAGCCUGCCCCGGCCCCGGCCGCCUGCCCCCGGCCGCCGCCCGCGGGGGAGCCGCUGCCCGGCGCCAAGUGGGGCGGCUUCCGGCGCAAGAAGCAGGCGCUGGACCGCGUCUUCUCGUCCUCCCAGCCCAACCUGUGCUGCUCCGCGGCAGAGCCCCUGGAGCCCGGCGCCGAGGCCGGCUCCGCGCUGCGCCGCCUGCGGGAGCACCUGCUGCACCCGGGCAAGGCGCCGCCCGGCCGCGCGCCCGCGCCCCUGCCCCCGGCCCAGCCCCAGCCCCCAGCCCGCGCGGAGCAGGGCGGCGGCGAUGGGACGCCCCAAGCCGGCCCGCAGCAGCCGCGGCGGCGGCCCGGAGCGCACCUGUCCCACCAGAAGAGCUCGUCGCUGCCCAGCACCACCUGCCUGGAGCAGCUGCUGCACGACUCACCCGCCGCCGCCAGGAGGACGGACAAGGGCGCCGAGGCGGGCGGCAGCAGCGCGAGAACAAAUGCAGUUGGGUCCAGUAAUGCAGAUCUCCUGUCAGCUAAUCCAGGAAUGUACCAGUUGGACAUCACAUUGAAGAAGGGACAAAAUUUAGCAGCACGGGAUCGUGGAGGGACCAGCGAUCCAUAUGUCAAGUUUAAAAUUGGAGGAAAAGAAGUGUUUAGAAGUAAAACAAUACACAAGAACCUCAAUCCUGUGUGGGAGGAAAAAACUUGCAUUCUUGUUGAUCAUCUUAGGGAGCCUUUAUAUAUAAAGGUCUUUGAUUAUGACUUUGGGCUUCAAGAUGACUUCAUUGGCUCCGCCUUUUUGGAUCUUGCUGCAUUAGAAUUAAACAGACCAACAGAUGUUACCCUGAGUCUAAAGGAUACUCAUUAUCCUGACCAUGAUAUGGGAACUAUAUUACUAUCAGUACUAAUGGCUCCAAGAGAAGAACAAAGGGAAGUGACAAUGCUAAUGAGGAAGAGUUGGAAAAGAUCAAGUAAGUUUCAGACCCAGAGUUUACGUCUGUCAGACCUUCACAGAAAAUCUCAACUAUGGAGAGGGAUAGUCAGUGUCACUUUGAUAGAGGGUCGUGGUCUCAAGGCCAUGGAUGCAAAUGGGUUGAGUGAUCCUUAUGUGAAGUGCCGUUUGGGGCAUCAGAAAUACAAGAGCAAGAUUGUGCCAAAAACUUUGAAUCCUCAGUGGAGAGAGCAGUUUGACUUUCAUCUUUAUGAAGAGAGAGGUGGAAUUAUUGAUAUUACUGUGUGGGACAAAGAUGCUGGCAAGAGGGAUGAUUUUAUUGGCAGGUGCCAGGUUGACCUGUCGGCCCUGAGUAAAGAACAAACUCACAAGCUGGAGUUGCAGCUGGAGGAAGGAGAAGGAUGCCUGGUAUUGCUGGUCACCCUGACGGCCUCAGCUGCAGUCAGUAUCUCUGACCUCUCUGUCAACUCCUUGGAGGACCAGAAAGAGCGAGAAGAAAUACUGAAGAGAUAUAGCCCAAUGAGGAUGUUUCAUAAUCUGAAGGAUGUGGGAUUUCUACAAGUGAAGGUCAUCAGAGCAGAAGCAUUGAUGGCAGCUGAUGUUACAGGUAAAAGUGACCCAUUUUGUGUAGUUGAGUUGAACAAUGACAGACUGCUGACACAUACAGUCUACAAGAAUCUCAACCCUGAAUGGAACAAAGUCUUCACAUUCAAUAUUAAAGAUAUCCACUCAGUUCUAGAAGUGACAGUUUAUGAUGAAGAUCGAGAUCGAAGUGCUGACUUUCUGGGGAAAGUUGCUAUACCAUUGCUGUCUAUUCAAAAUGGUGAACAGAAAGCCUACGUCUUGAAAAACAAGCAGCUGACAGGGCCAACAAAGGGGGUCAUCUAUCUUGAAAUAGAUGUGAUUUUUAAUGCUGUGAAAGCCAGCAUACGAACAUUAAUGCCCAAAGAACAGAAGUACAUUGAAGAGGAAAACAGACUGUCUAAACAGCUGCUACUAAGAAACUUCAUCCGCAUGAAGCGUUGUGUCAUGGUUCUUAUAAAUGCCGCCUACUAUGUAAACAGUUGCUUUGACUGGGAUUCACCCCCAAGGAGUCUUGCUGCUUUUGUGCUUUUUCUUUUUGUGGUUUGGAACUUUGAGAUCUAUGUGAUACCACUGGCUUUGUUGUCACUAUUGGCUUGGAACUACUUCUUGAUCAUAUCAGGGAAAGAUAACAGGCAACAUGAUACAGUAGUGGAGGACAUGCUAGAGGACGAGGAAGAAGAGGAUGACAGAGAUGACAAGGAUAGCGAAAAGAAAGGAUUUAUCAAUAAACUUUAUGCCAUCCAAGAGGUUUGUGUCAGUGUCCAAAAUGUCCUUGAUGAAGUGGCUUCACUUGGAGAAAGGAUAAAGAAUACAUUCAACUGGACUGUCCCAUUCUUAAGCUGGCUGGCAAUUGUUGCCCUCUGUGUGUUCACAGUCAUCCUGUAUUUCAUUCCACUGAGAUACAUUGUCCUUGUCUGGGGCAUCAAUAAAUUUACGAAGAAACUUCGAAGUCCAUAUGCAAUUGAUAACAAUGAGCUACUUGACUUCCUUUCCAGAGUCCCUUCAGAUGUACAAGUGGUGCAAUACCAAGAACUGAAACAUGAUCCCAGUCACAGCCCAAGUAAGAGGAAGAAAAACAAUCCUGGCUAGCCAGCUUCAUGUUCUGAGAGGACUAGCGUCUGCUGGGGGAAGAUAAAAGGAAAAGCCCAAAGCCUAAGCUGCACUUCCUUUCUUUAAGCUUUUUAUUUUGCCUUUUUAUCCAAUGGAGAGAAUUUGUAAAUAUUGUACAAAGGCAUUUACCAUUGAAACUAUACUUACCAUUGUAGAGACAAAUUUGAUGAAGGUUUAAAGUAUGGCUUAUGCUUGUGUGAAAAGCUUAUAAAAAACAUAACCCAUUACAAGAAUUAAUGUAAAAUAAUAAGUGGCAGAUAUUUUGUAAUGUAGAAGAAGGCACAUAUAAAUAAAUAUUCAAGUCACGCUGAUUAAAUCUGCAAAAAUGUAAAUUUAAAUCUGAUUCAAAAAAGGCAAGUGAAGUUUUAUUUGUGAGCAUUAAUAUUUGUAUUCUGUAAGUCUCCAUUACGCUUUUUCUAUGUUUAUACAUUUCAAGAGAAAUACAGUGCAAUGGAACCUACUGUACUUCAGUUUUAUCAGAAAUCCUGAACUUUAGAUCCCAGUGUUAACAUCUUGUACAAUGUAUUCAUGCUGACUAGGACUGCUUGUAAGCUCAUGAAGUGUAUACAAAGAGUGAAUCCCUUUCUGGGACUCCAUUAACUGAAGAAGUUACCUGCCACUUUUAUCAUUCCAUCGUAAGAUUUUAAAAUACAUACAUCUCUCUAAAAAUACUGCCAGGUUUGUAAUUGCAUAUGUAACUUUUUAUAUGUACCACUGAUCUUAAUUUGUACCAACUAGUUUGCACCUGACUUCAGUACUUUAUUCGCUAAAAAAAAAAUAUUAUCACUCUAAAUCCAUGUCGCUUCAGGUGUCAGAUUAUGAACACCAUUUGUGCAUAUACAAAUUUUAAUACCAAACUUACAGAAAAUGUUUUUGCUUUCUAAUUGCAAGGUCAUAUUUUAAAUGCUUUAUGGUAUAUUUAAUUAUGUGUUACCCAUGUGAAAUAUAGUGUAAAAAUGCAGUGUGGUAAAAGUGAUAUUACAGUUUAUUUCUUUAGUUAAUUAUAUAAUUGGUUCUUCUGAUACAGCUGUGCCCUAUUGCAUUGCAUGUAAAUUCAAUGAAACAUACAGAAAAAUGGUUUCUAUUUAAAAUAUUUUAAAUAGUUGUGGGAUAAUAAAUUCUUUGGGACGUAUUCUCACAUCUCUGCAUGGAGAGUUAUACACCUGGCUCUCCAUAUAGCAAGUUGAGAAUAUAUUACUAAGGGCCUCAUUUUAUGUCUGCUACUUAAACCUCCUUGUGAUGUCAGAGGGAACUUGGUCCAAGUAAAAACUGCAGGACUGUGCCCUCAGUAACUAAGCCAUUCAUGACCUACCCUGUGAAACAUCUGGGUUUUUGUUGCAAUUGCUGAGAAAGUUUGUAUUGCAAUACUGUAACAAUACAUUUUGAUAAAGGAUACUUAGAAGGAGUAUGCGGGGAGUUGAAUGUAUAUAUUAAUGUCUAAAGAAUUCUUCUUUAGCUGCAUUGCUUUUUAGAACUAUUUUGAAAUUAUUUUUAUGUUAAAGAUAUGUUGCUAAUUAUUGUUUCUUAUAGGAGAACUAUUUUGAUCUUUUCUGUUUGUACAAAGCUCUUGAAAGAAUGCCAAUCAUAUUACCUUUCUGUAGAAAGGCUCUGACCUAAAUAUGCUCUAGAUAGAUCAUCAUGUUAUAGUGAUCUAUUUAAAAGGCAUACAUACCUAUCCUGUCAUCAUUCAUUGCUGAAGAACAAUACACCAUUAACGAUGUCAACCUUACUAACGACCUUUAUUGAUGACUUUUGUUUGCAAGAAUUUUCAAUUUGAUAAUGUAAAAAAUUGUUCUGCGCGACGAUGUCUACAGACUUCCUCUGAUAUACUGCAAGCCUUGCACUCUUUUGCUAUAGUCCAUCAUUCUAUGUGAAACUUCAUGUUUGUUUAGCUGUACUAAAUUUUCAUUUAUUUCAAUGAUAGUGUCUAACAUAUGUCCAUUUACUGCAUUAAACACAGACACUUUUAUGUAUAUCAGUA